AUGGCAGCUUCCGAUGUUCCCGCACUCUUCAAACCUAUCUACGUCGGUGACUUGGACUUGAAGCAUCGCGUUGUCCUUGCACCACUUACGCGUUUCAGAGCAUAUGAUGACCACGUACACGGCCCUCAAGCUGCAACGUACUAUGCCCAACGCAGCAGGACGUUCAUCGCCCCGCAGGCUGGUGGGUUGCCGAACGUUCCUGGGAUAUAUACCGAGGCUCAGAUUGAGGCCUGGAAGGCGGUCACAGACGCCGUACACUCGAAGGGCUCCUACAUCUACCUCCAACUUUGGGCACUUGGUCGCACUGCUAAUUCCGAAUUUCUCGCCUCCCACGGACACGACCUAGUCGGCGCAUCGUCCAUUCCUCUCACUAAAUACGGUCAUGUGGAUGCUCACCAUCGACCUGAACCCCCUCGCGCACUGUCCAUCCCUGAGAUCAAGGAGUACGCGCAGCUGUACGCACGUGCGGCGAAGAAUGCAAUCAAGGCUGGCUUUGAUGGCGUCGAGAUCCUUGGGGGGAGCGGAUACCUCAUUGAUCAGUUUCUCCAAGACGUCAGCAACAAUCGCAUUGACGAGUACGGCGGGAGCAUUGAGAACAGAGCACGUUUUGCGCUCGAAGUUGUCGAUGCCGUUGUCACGGCCGUUGGUGCGUCGAGGAUAGGAUUUCGUAUGAGCCCAUACAGCGAAUUUCAAGAUAUGAGGAUGGCCGAUCCAAUUCCAACGUUCACAUACCUCGUUAGCAAGCUCAAGGAAUACGGCUUGGCAUAUAUCCACGUUACCGAGCCGCGUAUUCAUGGCCCCGGUUAUUCUGAGGAAGGAGGCGGGGUAGAGUCCAAUGAUCCUAUUCGCAAGGUAUGGGGCGAACGCCCUUACAUAGCUGCUGCUGGCUUCACCAGAGCCAAGGCUCUCAAGGUGGCGGAGGAAAAGGGCGGAUUGGUCGCCUUCGGGUCGCUCUUCAUUUCCAACCCUGAUCUUCCCCACCGCCUGCAAGAUAACCUGCCAAUGACCGAGCCUGACAGAACGAAGUUCUAUCUCGUUGGUAACCAUACUCCUGAAGGUUACACCGACUGGGAGUUUGCGGGAGUAUCCACGAGGCUUUGAAUCUUAAUCAAGCUCUUCAAUAGCGGAGACGUACGAUAUGACAAGUGC